AUGGGACGUGUUAACAACACUAUAGAUAAAUUUGGUCGACAAAGAGUAUAUAAUAAACAUCAGUUCUUACGUUGUACACAGAGAAAUGGGUUCAAGUUAACUUUUGAUGGUCACUAUGAUAUUGAAGGGAAGCGUCUAUCAAAUGUUGCAAAACCGAUAGCAGAUAAUGAUGUUAAUGAUUUAGAAAACCGUAUAAACGAAAGAUUUAAGAGCACAGAUAAAAAAAUGGAUGAUAUUGGAAACAUCUAUAUAAGCAAAGAUCUGGAGAAUGAUAAAAAAAUACGUAAUUUAGAACGAUGGAUGGAAAAUAAUGAGAAAAAGCUAAUAAAUAUCGACACAAGAAAGACAGUUCAUGAUGACAAAUUUCAAAUUUUACGUGGUGCGUCGGGGAUUGGAUUUGUGAAAACACCCAAUGAUCAAUUUAAUAAUGUGGGAAAGCGUUUGAUGAAUGUUGCAAUAUCGGAAACCAGUGAUGAUGCUACUACCCAACAAUAUGUGUUGACGGAGAUCCAUAAAGUGCGCCAAGAGUUAGCACAAACAAUAAACAAAAUAUAUCAGGCUAUUCAUGAAAGUUUGAUAAGCGUUGAUGACCGAAUGGUUACAUUUGAAAAUAAAAUAAAAAGUAAUGAUGCACAGGAAGAAAAUAUUGUGAAGAAAAUAGCUGAUUUGGAAAAGCGAAUGAAACAGGAUAUGAAAAUAUUGUUGGGUGUUGAGAGGAAGGCUGAUAGUAUGAUUGCAGCUAGCAAAGUACGAAUAUGA